UGGGCGAUCAAAAGGUUUGCAAGUUGAGUCACUCGACGUUUAGAGAGAUGACGUAGUCAACAUCUGCUGUUUGUGUGUGUUCAUCCACGCGGCCAGUGUAAUAUUUGGACGUUCCAAGUACGUCAGAUUUUAAAAUUGUGUUGCUUUGAUGUCUUGCAUUGUAUAGAGAAGAACUCCUUAUGUCCAUGAGAAACUCGGAUUCCUUUGAGUAUAUUCAUUUUUUUCAACAAGAACCAAUGCCUGUAACUAUGAAGUUUCAAACAAUAUUAGAGGGGCAGCAGGCACUUAUACUUAAUCAUCUUGGUGAAGGACGUGUUGUUGUUGGUCCAAAAAGAGUCUACCUAUUUCGUGAAAGAGUACAGUUACUACAUCACUUCAAAGCUACACACUACGAGUACUUGUACAUAAAAUGGAAAGACGGAAGUUUAGAAAACAAACCAGGGCCAUGUGAAAUCUUUCAUAACCCAUUAGAACAGGAAAUCAUCCGAGUUAAGGAUGCAACUAAAUUGAACGCAAACCAAGUGUUAGUAGUAUACAAGACCAAAGCCAGUAAGGGGGAGACUAUGGUUGAAAGAAGGAUCGUUUGGGGACCAACUGUGUUUGUACCUGCCGCGGAUGAAUGGUUACACGAGUUUAUCUGGCAUGGGGCAAAUGAGAAAGUCAACAAAACUGUGAUGAUAGCAGGCUAUAAUAGAUUUACUAAACUCACCAUCAUACCGGGUCAUUUUUAUUACAACGUACGGGAAGUGCGUACAUAUGACGAUACACAGAUCGUUGUCAAGUUAAUGUUGUUUUAUGAACUCAAAAAUAUUGAAAAGAUGUAUGUCCUUCUCUCACAACCACCAAUGUACGUUAUUAACAGCAUGUUAUUUCUUAUUUUCAUUUUCAGUGCCCUGUGUGCUGAUGUUGUUGCAUUUGCUGCAAAGUUGAGUUAUGAAGAAUUCCAGCAACAAGCUGGCAAGCUAAAUUCACUGAAUACUUACCCACAGUUAAUGCAGAGAUCUACACGUAUUGGUUAUGAGAUCAGUAAAGUUGUCUACAGAGGUUACCAUGCAGGAGAACACUUGCAGUUGAUGCAAGACAAUGCGAUAAAGAGUCGCACUGAGUUGAAACUGAACACUGAAAUCCAAGAAGGUGAACAGAAGAUAGCUGAUUACAAAAUAAGGAAAGAACAAGCAAGAAGCAAAGAACAACAAGAGAUGGAGAACCGGAUUCAUGAACACAAACAAAAACUUGAAGACAUGAAACAAGAGUGCAACCUACAGCUUGCUGAGAAAAGACAUAUCGAGAAUACAAAGCUUGAUGAGAUGGAGAGUAAAAUGCUGCAGGAGAUUAAAGCAGCCGAUGAUGCCCGUCAAAUUGAAACACUGAACAAGUUAGAACAGUUGGGUGUUGACAUGACCAAGUAUCUUGUUAAUCGACAAGGGUCUGCUAUAGAUCAAGAAGUCCAGUUCUGUUAA